AUCCUCUUGCAUUGCUAGGCUGCUAGCUAGUUGCUACACUCUUCAGUGAGACCGCAGGACAUGGAAAUGGCUACGGUGAAGGGGGCGCAGGACGGGCCUGGUGCCCCGGCGGAGUGUCGGGUGACGGUGCCGGAGGGCGCGUCGGUGGCGGUGGAGCACGAGGCCAGCCGGGGCGCGCGGACGUGGGCGGCGUGGGUAGCCUCGCGCGCGCUCGCGUUCAGGGACAUGGUGCUCGGGCUCGGCGAGCGGGUCUGGACGAUCGGCGCCGACGACCCCAGGCGGGCGGUGCACGGCCUCAAGGUGGGGCUUGCCCUCGCGCUGGUCUCCGUGUUCUACUACACCAGGCCCCUCUACGACGGCGUCGGCGGCGCGGCCAUGUGGGCCGUACUGACGGUCGUCGUCGUCUUCGAGUACACCGUCGGUGGCUGCGUGUACAAGGGAUUGAACCGAGCCAUCGCCACGGCCAGCGCCGCCGUGGUCGCGCUUGGCGUGCACUGGAUCGCCAGCAAGUCCGGCGACAAGUUCGAGCCGUUCAUCCGCAGUGGCUCCGUCUUUCUGCUUGCGGCGAUGGCGACCUUCUCGCGCUUCAUCCCGACGGUGAAGGCGCGGUUCGACUACGGCGUCACCAUAUUCAUCCUCACCUACAGCCUGGUGGCGGUGUCGGGGUACCGCGUGGGCGCGGUGGCGGCGAUGGCGCAGCAGCGAAUGUGGACCAUCUCCAUCGGCGUCUCCAUCUGCUUCGCCACCUGCGCGCUCAUCUGCCCCGUGUGGGCCGGCCAGGAGCUGCACCGCGCCACCGCGCGCAACAUGGAGAGGCUCGCGGGCGCCGUCGAGGCCUGCGUCGAGGACUACUUUGCCGCCGCGGGGACUAGCGGCAGCAAGCAGCCGUCCUCCAAGGCCGAGGGGUACAGGUGCGUGCUCAACUCCAAGGCGUUCGAGGACUCGCAGGCCAACCUGGCGCGGUGGGAGCCCCCGCACGGCAGGUUCGGCUUCCGCCACCCGUACGGCCAGUACAGGAACGUUGGCGCCGCCAUGCGACACUGCGCCUACUGCGUGGAGGCCCUGGUCGGCUGCGUCCGGUUGGCGGAGACCCAGGCGGCGGCGGCGCCCGGGCACGCCAGGCGGCACCUCGCCGACGCGUGCACGCGGGUGGCGGCGCUGUGCGCCAGGGUGCUCAGGGAGGCGUCGGCCUCCGUCAGCGCGAUGACCACGUCGAAGAUCCUCGACCUCGCCGUGGCGGACCUGAACGCCGCCGUGCAGGAGCUGCAGGCCGACAUGAGGGCGCUCCCGUCCACGCUGCUGCUGGCCGAGGCGGGGUCGGCGGAGCCCGCGGCGUCUACGGCGCCGCUGACCAUGGACGCGGCGCAGCUGUUCGCGGUCACCUCGCUGCUGAUAGAGGUGUCCGCCAGGAUCGAGGGCAUUGUGGACGCCGUCAACACGCUGGCGAGCCUCGCGAACUUCAAGUCAUCAGCAGAUGAAGAAAAGCCUUUAGAGUCCGCGACUAGGCGCAACGCAACCCGUGAUCAGCCCGGACUCGGAAUAGUCGUCGGGAGGGAACAGGAGGAUAGAUGAAGGCGCCUGAUCAGUCAGGCUCUGACUUCUGACCACCAGAAUCAAUUCGACGAGACUCGAAGAUGACUCAAGCCGGCCGGCCUGGCAGAUUAUCAUCCUGGCCCAAUCCGAUGAGGACAUGAGGCUCGUGGGUUUGACAAUGCAGUAACAUCCUCUAAGGCCUUGCUUGGAAACAUGAUAAUCCCCUCUAAUCCAUAUGAUUUGGGAGGAGUUCAAGUUCAAGUUACUUUUCAUUUGUAACUCCAAACCAUAUGUAAUUAGGAGGGAACUGAUUGCCUGAUCUAUCCAAACAAGCCCGGAGCCCUCAUUGUUCCGGCCUAUCCAAACAAGCCCUACCUCGUGGGAUCAUUGGAUCAAGGAAGUGAAGGUGAUUGGGGAAUAAAAAGUUGCGUUGUCGGACCAGUUA